ACGCUCUCCCUCAUCUGGAAAAGGAGAAGCUGCUUUGAAUGAAGAAAUAAGCUCAAAUGGAAACAAGCUAAAUAUUGAGAUAGAUCAAGGAUCUAAGUUUUUGCCAUUUUUUUUAAUGACUUUUCAAAUGAUUUUAAGCCGUUUGACAUUUUUACUAUUUAAGGAUUAAAUGUCUUCCUCUCUCCAGGUUUUAAUUGGUCACGGUUAGACGAAACGCAAUAUUUGUGUCUUUGCAAUUUGUCAUACAGAUAAGAUGAGUUCAAAAGUAGUUAAUUCACUGGCAAAGGUUUUUGACCCCAAAUCUGUCGCUGUCAUGGGAAAACCAGGAAAGCUACCCACGGAAGUUGACGGGCACCCUGUAACCUUCUCCCACAUCCAGACUAAGAUCGAUUCUUUGAGUGACAAGAUAGACAAGCUCAUCCACAUCCAGGAGAAGGUUCUCCACCGGCUGGAUGGCUUGUCUCAGGACAUCGACGGCAUUGAAAAGGACGUAGAGACACUGAAGGUGGACAAGGAGGAGAUCCAUGUGCUGCCUCCCAAGCAGCAGGACAUGAAAGUCACCAACGAGAUGAAAGCGAUGUGCCAGGAGAUGAACAGCGUCAUAUCAGCCGUCAGCCAGAGGUCUGAGCAGCACUCCAGAAAGCUGGACGGGAUGGAGAGGUUGAUGAUGGGCAUCCAACAGGUCGUCAGCUUAAUCGGAGAAAAUGUGAAGAGCUCCUGCCUCAUGGAGCUGCUUUUCAAAGAGCCUCCGGCUCGCAAGGCCAGGGCAACGUCGAACAAGCUGAGAGAACACAGAGGACGUGCAAAUCUAAAGGCCUCGAAAUCCCAGGGGAAGAAGAAGCCUCCAGACACACCAGAAAUAGCCGCCUUAAGGAAACAGGUCCAGCUUCUUGAAGAAGUUCAGAGAUUCAACAGGCUGAAUGAUGAGAGACUGCACCAAGACAAAGCUCUUGAGGUUGGAGGUAGGGUGGACAAUACCUUGGAAGACAUAGAUCCCACCAUGAUAAAUAUUAUCCCGGAUGCUCCCCGCAUCCCUGUGGCAGAAGAGGUUGGGGUUUCAGAACAGAAAGGAAAGAAGAUAACGGAGUUGAACAAGCUGGAGAGGGACAAGCCAUUGAUUCUUACCAAGCAUAAAGACAAGGGUGACAAAUGGGAAGAAGAACCAGGACGUGUUCAAGUUCAUGAUGUGCAGGUGGAGGCCAAGGAAGAAGAAGAACAUGAGCAACAAGGAGACAUGACUAUUUGUGACGGUGAACAGCCCUCAGAUAAUGAUGGAACUGAACCUAAAAAUGUUCUUACAGAAAAUGGUCCUACCAUAGAAGCUUUUGAAUACAUGAACAGCCAUGAAAAAAACAUACAAGUGUUUCAUGAGUCGAUGGUGGAGCUUAAUCAGACCAGUGAGGUCAUUUCCUAUAGGAAAUCGGACGCGACAAAAGGAGACUUUGAGAAGGAUAAACAUGGGACAAGUUAUAUGAAGGAAGAGGAAGAAAAGCAGGAACCUAUGAAAGACAAUGAUUCUGCCAUGACAGCACAGAUGGAGGAAGAGGAAAAAGAGGGGAAGGACAGGACAGAGGUAGAGAUGGAAGAGUCAGAUGUGGAAGAUGAUGUGGAAGAGACUGAAGAAGAGUACUUCAUAGACUGCAGUCCCCCCCCCUCUGCCCCCUUCAAGCAUCGCAUUGUGUCAGCCAAACCCAACCAAAUCUCCAACUUCUAUUCGAUCAACAAACAGGAAAUCCUCGGAGGGGGUCGUUUUGGCCAAGUGCACAAGUGCAUAGAGAAUUCAUCAGGUCUUACCUUUGCUGCAAAGAUCAUCAAAGCAAAAUCCCUGAAAGAGAAGGACUUUGUGAAGAAUGAGGUUCUGGUGAUGAACCAGCUGGACCAUGCUAACCUGAUCCAGCUGUAUGCUGCCUAUGAAUCCAGGACUGACGUCAUUCUUGUCUUGGAGUACGUGGAUGGAGGUGAGCUGUUUGACAGGAUCAUCGACGAGAACUACAAGCUGACUGAGUUGGACUCUAUCAUGUUCAUCCGCCAAAUUUGUGAUGGGAUCCAGCACAUGCACAAAAUGUACAUCCUCCAUCUGGACCUUAAGCCAGAGAACAUAAUGUGUGUGAGCAGAAUCACAAACAAGAUCAAGAUCAUUGACUUCGGGUUAGCCAGAAAGUUUAAUCCCCAGGAGAAGCUGAAGGUGAGCUUUGGGACACCGGAGUUCCUUGCACCAGAGGUGGUUAAUUAUGAUUACGUCUCUUUUUCCACGGACAUGUGGAGCUUGGGAGUCAUAACCUACAUGCUGCUCAGCAGCCUGUCACCUUUCCUCGGGGAUGACAACAAUGAGACUCUGAACAACAUCCUGGCCUGCCAGUGGAGCUUUCAGGAAGUGGAGUUUACUGACAUUUCUGAGGAAGCGAAGGAUUUCAUCUCCAAGCUCCUUGUUGUCAAUAAAAGCUGGAGGAUCAGUGCUUCAGAAGCUCUGAGACAUGCCUGGCUCUCAAAUCCAGUUCUCCACCACCAUCUCCAUGAAAAGAAGAACAUGUGCCGCUCUCGCCGGUCAUCCUGUGUCUCCCUCUGCAGCGCUUAGACGAGUCCGCACUGAGACCUGCCAGCAUGAAGGACUCUCCUGCCCUUCACGUGCACCCUCUCCCCCAGUUCCAGUGUGUCACCAGAUGUCCAACAGUGGACCACUGUGAAAGUGUGAACCCCCCCCGGACCAAUGCUGCUCUGUCUCCAUCCCUCUUUCCUCUGUGUACUUCAGCACUGUCACUUGAGCCAGCACCAUAGACCCAGAUCACUGGCCCAUCUCUGUAACCUGCUGCUACGCUGCGCACACACAGUACCAAUGAGGUCACAUUCAUACAUACCAAUGUGUUCUAUGACCUUAAGAUGUAUUCCCAUAAAAUAGCAUUUUGACCAUUAGCCAUGUUGGCGUUAAAUACGAUUUGCUAGCUAUGUGCACCAUCAAGAUGCAAAUGUGUUCACUAAAAUUAUGAACAUUUAGAUUAAAUGACAAUGUUAUGUGUGGACUGUUUAAAUGUUAUAUGCACAGUGUAUUUAGAGUAAGAGGAUGUUUUUUUUAAAAAACAAAAUAGUAUUUUGUUUAAUGUGUCUUUACAGUUGUUGUGCACUUUAUGUAUUGAUUCAUAUCGAAAAUGUGAUAUAUAUAAUUUUAAAGUAGUAUUUGAACGCUGUAAUAAGAUAAGCAUUUUCAUGAAUAAUUCUUUGUUUCUCUUGUCUCUCAGUCUGUCUACAUCAAUAUUUUGUUUUUUUUUUCAGUUGGGUAGAUAAUACUCUACAGAUUCAUCAACUUCCCUAGUACUGUAUCGAGUACUGUCAGAUCUAAUACUGUAACAUUACUCUGAACUGCGAGUUGGGCCACAUUCACAGAACAGUUAUUGAAUUUUGCAGUUAGUUUUCCUCUGUCGACCAUGGUUAUGUGCACAGGUGGUGUCCUUUUUCCUUUCACAUUUAUCUAAAGGACAGACUGGUAAUCAAACACUAAAUUUAAUCCUUUUAUAUAUUUUAUGUUGAUCUGAAACUAAAUAGACAAGAUUAACCAAGAACAUUUCAUUUUUUUGUCGAAGAUUUAAUGCAAUGCCAUGUGGAAAAUGGUAACUGCAUUCACAUCUGAAUAAUUGUUAGAUUAUUAUUUAGAUAUUAAAUAAGUGGAUUAGAUUUUUGAAAAACAUUUAUUUUUUGCGGAUUUAAACCCAUGAAACACACAAGUCAUUGGGACAGUCAAAUGGACUCCUUUUGUAUAUUGAUAUGACAAUACGAAAUUUUCUUGUGAACUGUACCCAGACCUUGACCGAUUAAAAUGGUUGGUAUAAAUAUUAUAAUUGAAUUCCAAAUUCAUCACAUAUUUAACAGCUUUCAUACAUAUGACAUUUUUAUAAGGUUCCGUCUUUCUUUAUUGGGAUGGUAUUUAUAAUUGCCAGUUUAAUCCAAUUGGUUACAGUCUUGAUGUUUUAGUCCAUUAUAUUCAGCCUGUGACACAUGUACCUGCAUAGAACAUGAUCUUAUUUCACCUUCUGUGAAGGUAACUGCACUACCUACCUGAAUUGUCUAUCAUUUAUCAGAGGUAAAAAUAUUUGUGAUUGAAUUGUAUCCUAUCUACAUUAGACAUAAAUAAGUGCAAUCUUUGGAAUUAACUGAUAUCUGAAUUUUAUGCUUUUUAAAAGAGUGUCCCAUUUUUCUGAAACUAUGAAAUUCACGUGUGUUUUUGAAAUGUUAGCUCUUAGACAUUUAUAUCUUUAUAAUUUACGGUUUAUAUGUUUGUGUUGCAUGUAACAGCAUAUAAUAAUGUCAUAUUAAAGAAUGGGAUAGGAAAGUAAUGAAUGAAAACAGUCAGUCAUUCUGCGAUUAAAAGCACGGAGAAGCUUUUACAGCAGGAGAUUCUUUUGUUGUCCACAAGAGGGCAACAGUGAAAGAAGGCAGAAUGCAUAGUAAACGAUUGUAUGAAAGAUCAAACAAACUUAAAAUAAAGUCUACAAAAUGUAUUCAAAUUUUAAUAUA